AUGAGUCACAACAUUUCAUUUAACUUUAUGAAUAUAUUUUUUACAAACUUUCAAGAAAGAAGACACCAACUAUGUCUUUGGAGGACUCGUUCAUUUUAAACCCAGAGAACAUGAUUUUUAACGUAUCGCAGGUGUCCAGUAUCAACACAGAGGUUCAGACGCACUACAUUUGGCUGCCCGGUAUUGCUAUCGCCACCGUCUACGGAUUAAUAAUUAUUAUUGGAUUUAUUGGUAACGUCACGCUAAUGAGGACGUUUAUCACAGUUAAAUCCAUGCGGACGGUGCCCAACCUGUUCAUGUCCAGCCUCGCGCUCGGGGACCUGCUGCUUCUAGUCACGUGCGCUCCGGUGGACGCCAGCCGGUACCUCGCGGACAAAUGGCUCUUCGGCCGGGUGGGAUGCAAACUCAUCCCGUUCAUCCAACUAACCUCCGUCGGCGUCUCCGUUUUCACACUCACUGCGCUCUCUGCAGAUAGGUACAAGGCCAUUGUCAAACCCAUGGACAUCCAGACGUCCACAGCUAAGAUCUGCUUCCGAGCAGCAGCCAUAUGGCUCUUCUCCAUGAUCCUGGCCGUUCCUGAGGUGGUCUUCUCCGACCUUCACACCUUCAACAUCGGCCAGACCAACGACACCUUUGUGACAUGCGCUCCCUACCCCCACGCCGGGGAACUGCACCCUAAGAUCCACUCCAUGGCCUUCUUCCUCAUCUUCUACAUCAUCCCCCUCCUCAUCAUCUCUGUGUACUACUGCUUCAUCGCACGCAGCCUGAUCCAGAGCGCCUCAGACAUGCCCGUGGAGGCACACUUACACAUCAAAAAACAGAUUGAGUCCAGGAAGCGUCUGGCUAAGACAGUCCUGGUUUUUGUGGGUUUGUUCGCUGUGUGCUGGCUCCCCAGUCAUGUGAUCUACCUGUACCGCUCCUACCACUACGGCCAGGUGGACACGUCCCUGGGACACUUCAUCGCCAGCGUGUGUGCCCGCGUCCUGGCCUUUACCAACUCCUGUGUCAACCCUUUUGCCCUCUACCUGCUCAGCAACAGCUUCCAGAAGCAGUUCAACAAGCAGCUCCACUGCCGCCGUCAUCCACCAAUCAACUGUAAUGCUCAGAGCACGGGGCGGAGCAACACGCGACUGACCUCGGUCAAGAGCAACAAUCAGUCUCUGGCUAACUUCAGCCUCGUCAUCGAGGCUCAUGUUAGUCAGGAAGGCUGUGUGUAGUGACUGUGCUAAAGAUGAUGCUUUAGACUUGUAGAAGUGACAUUCCAAGACUGACAUACUGCUACCCAAUGAAAUCACAGAGUAAUUUAUGGCUGUAACCCAUAUACUGUAGUGGGCCUGUGUUCUAACUCCAAGUGUUGCUAUUGUAGCACCAUUCAUUCAUUCUAAUUCUAUGGUUGAUAUGCAGGGCUUCAGUAUAUGCAUCCCAUGAUCCAUGAUUGAUAAAAAGUGUUUUAUUUUAAGCAGGGGUGGAAAGAGUACUGAAAUAUCCUACUCAAGUAGAAGUACUGUUACUUUAACUACAUUUUACUCAAGAAGAAGUACAUUUACUGGUGUAAAAAAACUCCUCAAGUAAAAGUAAAAAGUAGCUAAUUUAAAAAGUACUCAGAAAAAGUAAUUGAGUUAAAAAAAAAUAUUACAAGUAGUUAAAGUACUCGUACAAGUCCUCGGAAAAGCUACUCAAUUAGAGUAACGGGAGUAGUUGUAAUUAGUUACUUUACACCUCUGAUUUUAAGUUUUGAAUUUAUCAUCUUAACAGCUACUGCUAUGUAUGCAAACCAAUGUGUCUCAGUCCUCUGGAGAUGCAGUUCUGUUCUGGUUUCUCAUUAGAACUGUAUUGAUCCAUUAGAGAAGUUCUUAGAGAAGAUGACAACCCAACCAGGUGUGAAUAAGAUGCCGAGGACAAGGUUAUGAAGAGAGGUACUGGAGCUGCCGUUGUGUACCGGCGCCUAAAGGACAGUUCUGUAGGGAUAUCUCCAGCUGACUAAAACACCAACAACCUCAGUGCUUUGAAAGAUACAUAUUAGAUUGUUGUUUAUAUGAGUGUUUGAAUUCUGUAGCCUACACUGAAAGAUCAACUUCCUUAACAACAGCUGCCCAGGAGUAGUCAGUCCUGCAUCAAAGGCUUGGAAACGUUCUAUCUACAAACUCAUAGACAUCUCAACUCAUAAACAUCUCAGCAUUGGUUGAAGAGAUAUAAAUAUCUGUAUACAGUUCAUUGUACGGAUCAGACUACAGUACAGUGCAUUCGGAAAGUAUUCAGACCCCUUGACUUUUUCCACAUUUUGUUACG